AAAAAAAAAGACAAUCUUGUCGUGUUGUCAGCUGUCAUGGUCAAGUCAAGUAAAUUUCGUUAUCUAUGGUGUCGUGAUUGGCCGUGCUCGUGAUGGCGUGUACGUAAGGUUACGAACUCAAAGAAAUAUAUUCAUCAUGUCUCAAAAAGUCGAUAGGGUGCCGGAAAACAUCGAUUUUCCGAAAGAAGAAGAAAGGAUCUUGCAAUUCUGGAAGGAAAUAGACGCGUUUCAAUCAUGUCUUAAGCAGUCGAAGAAUAAGCCUAGAUAUUCGUUUUAUGACGGCCCACCUUUCGCCACCGGCUUGCCGCAUUACGGGCACAUCCUUGCCGGAACCAUCAAAGAUGUGGUUACACGUUAUGCUCAUCAACAGGGUUUCCAUGUUGAAAGGCGUUUUGGGUGGGACUGUCAUGGACUGCCAAUUGAGUUUGAAAUUGAUAAAAGUCUAGGCAUCAAAGGCCCAGAUGAUGUAGAGAAAAUGGGCAUUGAUAAAUAUAAUGCUGAAUGCAGGAAGAUUGUGAUGAAAUAUGCCACUGAGUGGGAGAUUAUCAUUACUAGAAUGGGAAGAUGGAUUGAUUUCAAGAAUGAUUAUAAAACUCUCUACCCAUGGUUCAUGGAGUCGAUUUGGUGGGUAUUCAAAGAACUUUUCAACAAGGGAAUGGUCUAUCAGGGCGUUAAAGUCAUGCCUUACUCCACUGCUUGUUCAACACCUCUAUCCAAUUUUGAAUCAGGACAAAAUUACAAGGAUGUUGUUGACCCAGCUGUUGUAAUCACAUUCCCAACUGAAAAAGGUUUCUCUUUGAUAGCUUGGACAACAACACCCUGGACACUCCCUAGCAACAUGUCUCUUUGUGUUAAUCCCAAACUAACCUACGUGAAAGUACAAGAAAAAGCAACCGGCGCUUGCUAUGUUCUCCAGGAAGCAAGGUUUCCUGUGAUCUUUAAAAAUGUACAUGAUUUUGAAAUUCUUGAAAAAUUUCCUGGUGAGAAACUAAAAGGCAUUAAGUACACACCUAUUUUUGACUAUUUUGUUGGCAAAUGUCCAAACGCUUACCAAGUUUUGACUGAUGGAUAUGUAACAGAUGAAUCAGGUACUGGUAUUGUACAUCAAGCACCAUACUUUGGUGAGGACGAUUAUCGGGUUUGCCUAGCAGCGGGCAUAAUCACUAGAGAUCAAGAUAUAAUCUGUCCACUCGAUGCUAGUGGCAGAUUUGUUGAACCAGUCAAAGAUUUUGUUGGUCAAUAUGUCAAGGAUGCAGACAAAAACAUAAUUGCCAAUCUGAAAGCUCGCAACAGGUUGCUUCAAAGUGGACAAAUAAAACAUAGCUAUCCAUUCUGUUGGAGAUCUGAAACUCCUCUAAUUUAUAAAGCUGUACCAUCAUGGUUUGUUCGAGUUGAACAAAUGAGUCAAGAUCUUUUGAAAUCAAGUGAAGCUACAUAUUGGGUGCCAGAGUAUGUGAAGGAAAAAAGAUUUGGUAACUGGUUGAAAGAAGCACGUGACUGGGCCAUCAGUAGAAAUAGAUAUUGGGGCACCCCAAUACCAUUAUGGAUGUCAAGUGACAAACAAGAAGUUGUAUGUGUUGGAAGCAUUGCAGAACUCUCAGCUCUUACUGGCGCGGAAGUGAAGGAUUUACACAGAGAAAGUGUUGAUCAUCUAAAAAUUCCAUCAUCGCGUCCCGGUCAACCGCCUCUUAAAAGAGUUUCAGAAGUUUUCGAUUGUUGGUUUGAGUCAGGUUCUAUGCCCUACGCACAGUUACAUUAUCCAUUUGAAAAUAAAAAAGAAUUUGAUGACAUUUUCCCUGCCAACUUCAUUGCUGAAGGUAUUGAUCAGACUAGAGGGUGGUUUUAUACACUCAUAGUGCUUUCAACUGCCUUAUUCAACAAACCACCCUUCAAGAAUUUGAUUGCCAAUGGGUUGAUAUUAGCGUCAGAUGGACAGAAAAUGUCAAAGCGGAAGAAGAAUUACCCAGAUCCAAUGGACAUAGUUACUAAAUAUGGAGCUGAUGCGUUAAGACUUUACCUAGUCAACUCUCCUGUCGUGAAAGCCGAAAAUCUUAGAUUCAAAGAGGAAGGAGUCAGAGACGUUAUUAAAGACGUUUUUCUGCCUUGGUACAACGCUUUUAGAUUCCUGAUGCAAAACGUAGAAAGAAUUGUCCAAGAGGACAAGAUAACAUAUAAAUUUAAUGAAAAGACUGUAAGAGAAAACGUGAUGGACAAAUGGAUAACUUCUUUCACGCAGUCGCUGAUCAAUUUCGUGAAACGAGAAAUGGCCGCUUACAGACUUUAUACUGUAGUUCCCAGAUUGACCAAAUUCAUUGAUCACCUCACCAACUGGUACGUGAGAAUGAAUAGGAAGAGACUAAAGGGCGAAAGUGGAAUUAAAGAUUGUCAGGUGGCAUUGGACACUUUAUCUGGAGUACUAUUUGAUAUGAUCCGCGUAAUGGCCCCUUUCACGCCUUUCUUAACGGAAUUGAUGUACAAAGUUUUGCGUCAGCUGUUGCUUGGUGAUUCUCUCGAAAGUGUGCAUUUCAAUAUGAUCCCUGAACCGAAAUUGGACUUGAUAGACAAAAACAUCGAAAGAGCUGUUCAAAGAAUGCAGGCUGUAAUUGAACUUGGCAGAGUGUUGCGCGAUCGGAAAACUAUUCCAAUUAAAUACCCACUCCCUGAGAUGAUUGUUAUUCAUCGCGAUGAAACGUACUUGCGCGAUGUGAAAUCACUAGAAAAAUAUGUUUUGGAGGAAAUGAAUGUCAAGAAAGUUCAGUUUACAAGUGAUAAAGAGAAAUACGGCAUCACUCUAAGGGUAGAACCAGACCACAAGGUACUGGGGGCACGUCUAAAGGGCGACUUCAAAGCUGUUACACAAGCUUUGAAGGAUCUGAACAACAACCAAUGUGAGAAAUUGAUUGCCGAUGGAUUUGUUGAGUUGGUAGGAAACCGUAUUGAUGUUUCUGAAGUGAGAGUAAUUUUUCAAGCUCAAGGAAAUGAUCAGUAUGAGGCGCACAGCGAUAACGACGUGUUGAUAUUACUGAAUGUGACACCUGAUCAGGAAAUGCUGGACGAAGGUUUCGCAAGGGAAAUAAUAAACAGGGUUCAAAAAUUGAGAAAAAAGGCGCACUUAGUACCAACAGACGAAGUUGAUGUUUUUUACUUUGUUAACAAAAAUAGCGACAUCGUUCGCAUUAUAAACUCGCAUCGCGAAUUUAUUGAGACUACCGUGAAAGCACCAAUGAUUCCUAUUGAAAAAAUUUCGGCUGCAAAGCCUGUAAUUAUUGAAGAAACUCAAGAACUGAAAGGUUCUCAACUAAAGCUGGUCAUAACAUGGAGAAAAGAUGUGGAGUUGCCUGCAAAUCCUUGGGCGAAUAUUGUGUUAGAAGGCAUUAUACCGCGUUUUGGAGUCACAACCAACCGGGCUAGCAUUAUUCUUAAGGACAAGGAUAAUAAAUUUAUCAGUUUAAAUAAACUUUACAAAGAAGUAGAGGUUCUAUUUGGACUAUAUGGCGUUAAGUUUGCUUUGUGGUGUGAAGGAGCUGCAAUAAAAAGUACUACAAAUUUGAAUAGUAAAACCAUCAUAGUUUCGCCGUCGAAACCUAAAGAUUGUGAACCACAAUCUAGCCCAUACUGCAAAUUUGUCAACAUUGCAAAUGGUACUAGAACAGUGACUUUGUUCUUAGAAAAUCCACUUGGAAAGGUAACACUGGAUAAAGAACGCGCGUUGAAUUUCGUUGCUGAAUACUUAGGCAUCAACACAAAGAACAUUGAUAGCAAACUGUUUAAGUGAAUAUAAUAGCAACGCUAGGUAUAAUUGCUUGUUAAGUCUGUUUGCCGUCGUGUCUAUGUGUAAAUUUACCUAACCAGUACAGUAGAACUGUCCUGAUAUUUAUUUACCAAUCCUUAUGUGUGUCUCCACUGAAAUUUCACUUAUCUAUGGCAAUAUGAUUGCUCUCUGUGACUGAACAAAAGGGGAGCGAUUCUUACCUUUUCUCUUUACGCUACACUAUACUUCAGUAUUGUUUCGUAGCCGUUUAAUGUACCUA